AUAUAAGAAAAAAUCUAAAAAAAAGGUUUAUAAGUGUAUUAUUAGAUGAAUAUUCUUGGAUGGAUAUUUGGAGGACAUAAAACAGCUCAAGAACAGCUGAGACAGUAUAGACGAGGUCUAGAAAAAGCACAACGGGAGAUUCAGAGGGAAGAAGUGAAAUUAGAAGCUCAAGAAGGAAGGUUAACUAGAGAAAUUCGAAAAAGUGCUCAAGCAGGAGAAAUGGAAGUGACAAAAAUUAAAGUAAAAGAUCUUUUACGAACAAGAAAACAAAUUGGAAAGUUUUUACAAAUUAAAACACAACUUCAGGCGAUUUCUUUAAGGAUACAAACGGUGCAAACUCAUGAACAAAUGACGCAAAGUUUAAAGAGUGCAACAAGACUUUUAACUUCAAUGAAUCGAAAAAUUCAUGUUCCAUCAUUAAUGAAAAUAGUUCAAAAUUUUCAACAAGAAAAUGAUAUAAUGGAACAGCGAGAAGAAGUAAUAGAUGAAGCAAUUGAUGAUAUAAUGGAGGAUGAUGAAAUAGAAAAUAAAGAUAUUAUAAAUCAAGUAUUAGAUGAAAUAGGAAUUGAUCUUCAACAAGAUCUUAAUAAUAUUCCAUGUAUUAUGAAUACAGUAGAUAAAGGACGACAAAAGAUUCCACAAAUGAUAAAUGGAUCAGGAAAUAAUCGAUAUGAUGAUUUUCAAGAAAGGAUUGAUAGACUUAAGCAUUAAAAAUACAAUAAUAAUAAUAAAUGAAAGAGAAAUUAUGGAAGAAGAU